AUGGCCAAAACCCACAUCAAGGAAAAGCUGACAUUUCUUACUAACCUCAAAGAGGACGGCGGCGAUCUGCGACCACCGUCGCCGUUUGAUGAGCGGGCCGCGGAAGCCGACAGCCACCACCAACCUCUUGUGCCAGAAAAUUACUUUGGCUCCGAAGCUCUAACGCGGUUCUGGACCAUGUUUCAGAACCACGACACAUCAUUUCGAUCCAAGCGACCACGGCCAGCGUCCCCCAGGACUACCUACCUGUCGCGACUCCGGCAACUCGCGCGAUGCCCGGAGCCUUUGGGGGUUAUCCGCAAAUGCAAUUCUCCCCGCGUGGACCUAAACCAUUACGACAUCGGGAAUGACCUUGCAUCGGCAAUGGGAGAGAGCAUCGCACUCAUACCUGGCAUCGACUCCCUCAACUUAGCGUCGAAUCGCAUCUCCGAUCAAGCCGCGAGCGACGUGAUUACCAACCUCGGCACUUCCCCAACACUCGGAUGCUUGGAUCUGUCCAACAACAUGCUGAACUUACACGCUGCGACUUCGUUGUCGGCUCUGAUCGCGGGAUCAAAAACCCUCGUCCACAUCAAUCUCGAACACAACCAUCUCAACAACCAAGCCGUGGCUCUGCUGUGCGACGCACUCAAGAAGAAUCAAACGGUGACACGGCUAAACCUGUCUGAGAACCAGUUCUCGACGCCUGGUAUGCUCGCGAUUGCAACGUUGCUCGUCGAAAACGCCAAACUAGAGGAGCUUUACUUGUCUUGGAACAAGAUUCGCGGCCUCGGCGCCCAGCGACUUGUGGAGGCGCUGGGCUACCAUAACUCUCUCCGUGUUCUCGAUUUGUCUUGGAACAGCUUGAACUCGUGCCCGAACCACAGUAUUGCAACGGCGCUCGCGACGUCGCUGGCGAACAAUAAAGUUCUUGUCCACCUCGACCUCAGUAACAACUCCCUCGACACGAAAGCGUGUACGAUUUUGGCCGCUGCCUUGGUCGGGAAUCACAGCAUCGUCGGGCUUCACAUGGUUGGUAACCAAGCCAUCGUCGACGCUCGCGGGUUUGUGCGGCCGCAAACGACAUCGAUAGCCCUUCAAGCCCAACACAAGCACUGCGCGAUCAAGCAUUUCGAGCUGCACCAAGACAACCAGGAGUCCAACAACUCGACAACUCUCGACGCGUGGUGGCCGUACGUUGAUCGCGCGUGUUGGCUGUGCGGCCGGUGGUCGGAACAUCGAUUUGCUUGGACACCGUCUCACAAGCAGGAUGCGAAAGCCAAGGUCAAAUUGCACUUGUGCAUUGACGACUGGUCCGGCGACGAAAUGCACCGAAGCAGCGACAUGUUUGUCCUGUAUCGCAUGCUUCCCCCCGGCAAGACCAAGUACUUUAUCACGGUCGAGACGGAGGUGGCUCCCGGGGACGUCAAGCGUCAGUACGUGGUACUCAAGGACAAGCGGACGGCGCGGCUUUUGCGAAGCCACGGAGACGAGCCCAAGUUUGGCACGCUUCAAGUGGUGAAUUACAUUGCUAUGACCAGAUACGACGGGGCGAACCCAUGCCAUGCAACGCUGCCUCGGCCAGGGGCCAACACGAUCAAGGUGCUGAAAUGGGACAUUAAGAAGUCCGUGUUUGCGUCGCGGUACAAGGAGAGCCCGAGCAAAGCGCCCAUUGACACAGACGCGCUGGUCGCCAAGGCGUACGCGGUGGACUUCAAACAUACGAAAGUGGAUCGCAUUGUCCGGGACCCGGACCGUCGGCGCGAAUUGGAAGCGGCGGGAGCAAUCCACUACCGCGCCAUCACGCACUUGUACCGCAAGUACUGUUCGCGGGGAGUCAAGGUCGCCCUGGACCAAGUGUGUGUUUCGUUGUCCGGGUUCAACGAAUUCCUGGACGAUUGCCAUUUGAUCGACGACACGUCGGAGCGGUGCACGGCGUCCGACAUGGAUAACGUGUUCGUGGCGGCGAACUUAGAAGUCACGGACGAAGCCAAGCAGCAAGACAACCCCGAUCGAAGCCUGACGCGAUUUGAGUUUCUCGAGUGCGUGUUCCGCAUUGCGAUCAACAAGUACUGCAACUCGAAACCUGUCGCGUGCGAGUCGCCAGCUCAAGCCCUGCAUCGUCUCAUGGACGAAAACUUGACUUCGAUGGUGCCCGACGACCCAAACGACUUUCGAACAAACUAUUUGUACAAGGAAGAAAUCAGCGACUGCUUUCUCGAGUACGUCGUCUUGUUGAAGGAACUGUUUGCCGCCAACAGCGGCCAGUACUGCCGCGUCGGGGAGCCGCGCGGCAUGGCAAUUCAAGAGUUCAUUGCGCUCAUGGAAAGUUUUCACGUGCUGAACGACAAGUUCAAGCAGCGCGACCUUCGUGACAUGUUUUUUGCGUCCAAGAUGCUCCUCCUAGACGAAAUGGCACCGCCGGAAGUGCAAAAGAAGCUCCUGUUUUUCACCGACUUUCUCGAACUCCUACUUCGCAUCGCUAUCGUGCGGUACCCGCCGGCGUCGCCGUCUGUCGCGGACGCCGCCGUGUCGCUGCAAACGCUGUUCGUCCGCCACAUUUGCGCCAAGGACAAACUCGUGGAAACGUUUCAGCACAACGCGGACAAGGUUCGUGUCCUUGGCGCGCUCAGUCGCUUCGAGCGCCGCCCGUCCAAGAAGUCCGUGGUGCAGCGCAAGGCGUCCAACAAGCAACUGCAGCUUCCCGUUCCCAACCAAGACUGA